AGGCUACUGUUUGGGGCAGAAUUAAAUCUUAAAAUGCCUUUAAGAACAGACAAAGUUUCAAUAAUUUUAAUAUAAACCACUAGCUAACAGAUUUGUACAGAUUUCCAAACUAUCCACAAAGACUGUUUCAAACCCUGGUGAGCAGUGUAACUUGACAAGGCCAAAAUGCUCUUUAGGCAGUCAGCUCACUAGGCUUUAAAACACAAGUCACUGGGUUUCUUUCGAGGGGCCCCGUUCAUCUGCUCUGUCGCUCGUCCUCCACCAGGGUUUCCGUUUGUUUUGACUACAUGUUGCCUUUGCGAGUUGAUUCACACAAAUCCCGGUCUGGCGUCGCGACCAAUCGCGCUGAGCCGGUGACGCUUUGGAGGGCCGUCCGUCCGUGCGCCUGCAUUCAUAAACGGAUGUGAUAAGUGUUGAAUGUACUGUACAGAGACGAAACUUGGACCAUGGCGGAAGAAGACGACAAAAAAAUCCGGAUUUUGCAGAGCCUCCGAGGAAAAAUAUGCGAAGCAAAGAAUUUGGGUCCGAGCUCAGGGCCGAACCGUCUCCGUGACCUCUGCACCUUCUGUACAAUCAGUUUGGACCAGGAGGAAGUAUAUCGCACAAAAGUCUAUGAGAAGAGUGUAAGUCCGUUCUAUGGCGAGGACUUCUACUUCGAAAUUCCACGCCCAUUCCAAUGCCUGUCCUUCUACGUGUACGCUAAGAGCAUGUUCCAAAUAAGGGAUCUACCUAUAGGGAAAGUAGCCAUCAGGAAGGAAGAUCUAUAUAAGUACUGCGGGAAAGAGAACUGGUUUCAGUUACAGCCUGUGGAUCCACACUCAGAAGUUCAGGGGAAGGUUCAUUUAGAGAUGAAGCUGAAUGAACUGAUCACAGAGAAUGGCUCCAUCUGCCAACAGCUUGUGGUUCAGAUAAUUGCCUGUCAGGGUUUGCCGUUGAUAAGUGGGCAGAACUGCGAUCCAUAUGCUACAGUAACACUCGUAGGGCCCGCCAGGUCUGACCAGAAAAAAACUAAAGUGAAGAAGAAAACCAGUGACCCUCAGUUUGAUGAGACAUUUCAUUUUGAGGUCACAAGGUCAAGCAGUUACAAAGGGAGGUCACAUUUUCACGUGGAGGAGGAGGACAUAGAGAAACUAGAGAUCAAGGUGGAGCUGUGGAAUAAUGGUAACUUGGCACAGGACGUGUUCCUCGGAGAGACACGGGUAUCUGUGAAAAUCCUGAGAAACGACAAUGCUCACAAAGCAUGGUACUUGCUGCAGCCAAAAGGAAACGGUACAAAGUCUAAGCCAGAUGAUCUGGGUUCUUUACGUCUGAAGGUAACAUACACGGAGGACAACGUCCUGCCCUCUCCCUGCUACAUGGCCCUCCGCAACCUAAUGCUCAAAUCCCCGGAUGUCAAGCCGAUCUCAGCAUCAGCAGCUCAUGUUCUGGGAGAUAUUUGCCGAGAGAGUGUGGGGUAUGACGCACUGCUUCCUGUGGUCAGACUGCUGCUCCAUCACAACAGACUGCUGCCCUUUCUCACUUCUGUUGCUGCCCUGGAGCUGGAGAAUACACAAGAGGCCAACACCAUAUUCAGAGGCAAUUCUCUGGCCACCCGCUGCAUAGAUGACAUGAUGAAGAUUGUGGGCAAAAGUUACUUGACCGUCACUCUCAAACCGGUUCUCAAUGAGAUCUUUGAAUCAAAUAAAACCUGUGAGAUUGAUCCUGUCAAACUGAAAGAGGGUGAUAAUGUGGAAGUCAACAAGGAGAAUCUUCAGGGAUAUGUACAUAAGGUUUUUACGUCUAUAACACAGUCCAGCUCCAGCUGUCCUCCCCUCAUGUGUGAUGUCUUCAGGUCACUCAGACAGCUGGCGUCUAAACGCUUUCCAGCGGAUCCUCAUGUGCAGUACUCAGCGGUCAGUAGUUUCAUAUUCCUGAGGUUCUUUGCGGUGGCUGUUCUCUCUCCACACACCUUCCAGCUGAGAACCCAUCAUCCUGACCCCGAAAUUUCCCGCACGCUUACUCUCAUCUCUAAAACCAUCCAGUCUCUGGGCAGCUGGGGCAGCCUUUCCAAGAACAAACUGUCUAGCUUUAAAGAAACCUAUAUGUACGAUUUCUUCAAAUUAUUCCAAGAAGAUGAAUGUAUAGAAAAAGUUAAAAGGUUCUUAGAUGAGAUCUCCUCUAAUGUAAGCAAGGAGUCCAGUGGAGUGGAGGACUCAUUUGUACUGAAGGAGGGAGAGGUACAUAAGCGGGCCCAGGGCAGAAAGCGAUUAGGAAAGAAGAACUUUAAGAAACGCUGGUUACGAGUGACCAAUCAAGAGCUCUCCUAUCACAAGCAGAAAGGGAAAGAAGCACUGUGCAUCAUUCCUGUGAAAAACAUCCUUGGUGUCGAGAAACUGGAAGAAAGUGCCUUUAACCGCAAAAACAUGUUUCAGGUAAUCCAUUCAGAGAAGCCUCUGUACGUGCAGGCGGGGAACUGCGUGGAGACCAACAGCUGGAUCGAGGUACUGAGUCAGGUCAGCCGCUGUAACCCGGGACGGCUCAGCACGUUUCACCCGUCCGCUUAUGUGGGUGGAUCCUGGUUAUGCUGUACGGAAACCAACGAGAGCACCCCUGGCUGCAAACCCUGCACUGCGACAUUGUUGGCUAAUAUACAACUGGACAUCGACUGUGACAGAGAAACAGAACGAAUCUUCUCCUUCUUCUCCUCCAGCCGCUCCAGACUACAGAAGAUGGAGGAUGCCUGUGCCGGUAUGUCAGUGUAUCUUGGGCAGCAGGAGGAGUGUUCAGCCUUCACUAUACAGGACCCUAAAGAGACCUUCCGUACUAUUAAAGAGCUCGGAGAAGUACUGGAUGAUCUGCAGGCUCACCACGACUCAAAGGGAGCACUAACUGAUGAACCAGGCACUAUCGAGAAUCCUAUAGUUGGAAAGACAGCAUAACAUUGUGACUGCAGGACCAGGUGGUACUGACAGAGGGCGCUGUGUUUGUCGACAUAGAGGAGCACGACAGCACUCUGAUUAUGCUCAGAGAUGUGCUGCCGUUCCACAUGUGACUGAGUCUUACCUCUCCAGCGAUGGCCUGUCUGGAGUUACAGUGUACUUAGAAGAAUUUGGCCAGUCAGGAGUCGAGUGGUGUAUCCGUGAGUUGCUAUCAUUGGAAAAAUCUAGCUCUUUUCUCUGUGUGCCUGUUUGGCCUCUGUCUUAUAUCAGUUUUUAAGAUCGUUUAGAAACCUCAAUCGCCAGUCCGCACAGUAAGAAAAGAUUCCAAUCACCUCUUAUCCAUUCCUAAACAGGCUGUGAAAGUCCAGACACCAGAGUUUGUCUGAGAAAUUAUAGCUGCUAAAAUAGUCUUUGAAAGAACUCAACCUUCUCAUAUUUCUUUAUGAACCAUCGGUUUUUCUGGUCGUCUGAUGUUUUGACAAGUAAAAUAACCAUGUCAAAGGGAAUCUUCGUUGUUCUUUAUAGAUAUAGUAUCAUCCGUCUCACCCAUCCCUUUGAGUGUGUGCAUGGUUUUCUAUCUGUAGUGGAUAGAAUUAAUCUGCCUUAUACUUACAAUCCCACACUUGUGUAUGAAUUAGGGACUAAUGCAGAAGCACUUUAGAAAUUUGGAAUAUUCCAGAUGAGAUUGUUUUAGAUACGUCGUAUCAACCUUUUUUCCCGAUAUUGAUCAGUUACAUGAUCAACUCUUGUGUAAUGUUCUGUAGAUAACGUUCAUAUCCUGUAGAUUUUUACUAGCUAUUUUUCUUACGCCAAAGAUGUUGUUUUGUAGGUUUUCAUGACUUGAAAAUGGUAUACAUGUAGUUUUUUUAAAUACAGAACUUUUAAAAAAGGAAAAUGGCUAUCUAUAUUUCAUGGACUUACAUUUUGGGAGCGUCAAACCUUUUGAUAAACAUGAAGAAGAUUUCAUUCAAUCGAUCGUUGUCAUUUUUCCCCAUACAAACAGUGAAAAAUGUUUGGAUAUUUUAUAAUAUGCUGUCAUAAACUCUGUUCCAAAAACCUAGUGAGCUGCCUACAAAGACGGCAUUUUAAGACUCACAAACAAAGGCUGUUGUGGGCCGUCUGCCUCCUUUGCAGAGAUUGCAUUCCCAUAAUGCACUGCAACAAAAACAAAACUCUCCUAUAGGCAUUUGAGAAAAUGCUUUAGUUUUAUGCUAUACUAAAAAGCACGGAUAAAAUAGAAACACAUUUCUUAAUAUUGGUGUUUGCGAUUUUGCUUGAGUAUUGAGCUGUUAGCUUAGCAACAUGCUAAUAGCUAAGUCUAAUUGGAAUCAUUGGAUUUAAUGCUAUUUGUGUGACUUGCUGAGGCAGCUCACUAGUGUUUUGAAUGGAGCUAGAUUGUUUAGUAAGAAUUCUGUUUGACAAGAAACAAUCACCCGCAUCAUGUUUGUUGCAUCGCAGUUGUGUUGUAGUUAUGUGGUGGAAUUGUCAUGUCAUUUCCUGAUAACCACCUGCUGUUUAUUACAGGUCUACCGUUCACGGUUUUGUUUGUAAUGACCCUGUUCUCAACUGUACAGAAGGGUUUUCUGUGUCUUUGCUGUAACAUUGGAGACUGUUAUGUUCUGCUUGGCAUACUUGUGUUUUGCAUAUAUUGAUAGUCUACUCAGUGGUUCUCAACUGGAAGGUCAACUUAAAAAUAACCCCCUAUGUAAUGAUAUGAUAAUGAAAUAUGUAGGAAUGAACAUUUCAACUGUUAAGUCCUAUUGAUCUGUAAUUAUGAAGAACAUUUUUCUUUCAAACCAUAGCAUUGCUUUUAUGUCAUUGUGUGCCCAGUGCACACUGUAUGAUUUUGUCCACAGAUUCCCUUCAGGAUGAUGGAAUGGGAAGUGCUAAAAUUCUAACUCAUUUCUGAGUUUUGGCCUACAAAAAUACAUCAUCACUGCAAUCUUUAGGAGUGAUGAAUUCUGAGUUCUGAUUCGGAUUCUGAUCUGGGAGAUGCCAACAUGGACGGGUUGAGAAAAAACCUCCCACAGACAUUAAAUACGGGUUGCAGAGAGGACAUGGUUUGUCAAAACCACAAUGUUUUGAGAAUGAUUGGCUGCUGAAAGCAUGAAACCACUGAAAUUUUGUAUGAUACACAAUUUUGGUACCACUUUGGGUGUCCAAUAUAAACUCUGGGUCAUGAAGCAAAACCACUUGAGAACCACUGACCUAAAUAAAAAAAAAAAACUUAAAAAAAUCAAACCUGUUAAUAUGUGAUCUAAAAUUAAAGUGUACUUAACAUGAUCAUUUUACAUCCUUUAAAAAGACGCCUUAGCAAUAUGAGAAAAGUACAUGUGAAAAAUAAUAUUUGGGGAAUGCAGGAACCAGCAAGUCUUGCUUUCUUAGACCUGGGCAUAUCAGAGAAAGCAAAUUGAAUUCUGUCACACCUCAAACUCCACUGUAACAUUCCAUUCGGAACGAAAACACAAGUAAAACUACAGAACAUGAGUCUACAUUUCUGAAUUUCAAGUGAUGUGCUAUGGAAGCAGAUUGGUCUCAAAUAUAAUUCACGCCAAAAACACGAUUCACACAUGCGUAGACAAUU